CCAACCGCCUCCGACCCGACGACCUCCCCUCCCCCCCCAAACGCCCAUAACCGCCCAUUGCGCGAGCUACAUUCGGUUCACAGAGCAACCGCAGCUCCAUUGAAUUCGUGCUUGAAUCAGAGCACCCGGUCUCUUCGUCGGCCUCUCGACUUUCUCCUGCCUCACAGAUACCCGGCUCUGCUCAACCCCGGCCGGCGCCGUCCAUCAUAACAAUGGCGUCAAGCUUGGAACAACUCCAAAAUGUUCUCCUGAACAACCCCGUCGCCAACACUCUGUCAGAUGCCAUCAACUCCUUCUCGGAACGGAGGGCGAAGCUUGGCCUGUCCAAUCCCGGCACCACCGAGAACCUGACCAGGGAGGUUCAGCGCGAUGUCCUGCUCACCAACUACAUGUUCACUGGCCUUCGCGCCGACCUUACCAAGGCCUUCAGCAUGUCGCCCUUGUUCCAGGUCUCCCACCAGUUCGCGAUUGGCGAGCGUUUGAACCCGUACACCUUUGCCGCGCUGUACGGAACGAACAAGGUUUUCAUGCAAGGAAACAUGGACAACGACGGUCAGCUUUCUACACGAUUCAACUACCGAUGGUCCGACAAGCUCGUCUCGAGAACGCAGUUUCAGGCUGGUGGUGGCCAGGAGAUGCUCCAGUUCGAGAACGAAUACACCGGAGACGAUUUCACGGCCUCCCUCAAGAUGCUGAACCCCUCUUGCCUCGACGGCGGUGUCACCGGUAUCUUCAUCGGAAGCUACCUCCAGUCGGUUACCCCUAAACUUGCCCUCGGUCUCGAGACGGUUUGGCAGCGUCAAGCCAUGACCCAGGGCCCCGAGACUGCCACCUCGUACUGCGCUCGCUACAAGUCCGACGACUGGGUUGCCACCGCUCAGCUUCAGGCUCAGGGAGCUCUGAACACCUCGUACUGGAGACGCCUCUCUGAAAAGGUUCAGGCUGGUGUCGACCUGUCUCUUUCGAUCGCUCCCAGUGCCGCAGGCCUCAUGGGCGGCAUGCAGAAGGAGGGCAUCACUACCAUUGGUGCCAAGUACGACUUCAGAAUGUCUACUUUCCGUGCUCAGGUCGACUCUAGGGGUAAGCUCGGCUGCUUGUUGGAGAAGCGCAUUGCUGCCCCCGUCAUGAUGACCCUGGCUGCUGAUGUUGACCACUUCACGCAACAAGCAAAGAUUGGUGUCGCUAUCUCCAUCGAGGCUGGCGGCGAGGAGCUCCAAGAGCAGCAGGAGGCUCUUGGUGCUCAGGGCACCCCCAACAUCCCCUUCUAAACCCGAAACUUGAGGACGGCUUGGUCUUUGGCCGAGUCCGAACCGAAGCUCCGCUCCUAAUCGAUCCCAAUAAUUGGUUGUUUUUUGCCGGCGAGGACGAGAAACGAUGUCAACGAACUUGAUUUUCUUCUGCAAGUUCUCAUUCUCAUACUGCUGUCUUAGUACACACGACUUCAAGCUUCGACAGCAUGGACCCGACAAAUUCGAGUUUCGCACAAACCCCUUGAAGCCUUCCUGCCUCUUGGUCUGCUCGUCGCCCUCUCGUUCGUUGAAACUCGACUUCUCUACUCGGCCGGUUAGAAAAACUGUGUAUAUUACGCUCUGCCAGAGCACAACAUUCAAAGCCAAUAUGGUGGUGUAUUGGCUUGCUUGGAUGCGUUUUUUUUUGGGAGGCUUGGAACGGCAUACCCGAAGCGGAGUGGCUGAUGCCACAACCCACGAGAGCAUCCACCUGAGGCUGCGCAUCACUAUCUGCCAUGAUGAACAGCUCUCGUAUGUAUU